CAGAAAUUUCACUUUUUGGAGCGAUUGUGGCGCUCGAGCAAUGCAGUGCAACCUUCCUUCAGUUUUUGCCAUAUGUGUCCAGAUUUUACUGCUGUUGUGUGGCCUACUGCAGGUGCUAGCAGUGGAUAAUGUUGAUUUCGGGGCACAUGUGGAGAAUCAGACAGGGGCAAGGGACAGUCUGAGCCGAAAACAUCACAGAGUAUACCAGCUGUACAGCCGGACCAGUGGCAAACACGUGCAGGUCCUCGGCCGGAAAAUCUUGGCUAGGGGAGAGGAUGGGGACAAAUUUGCCCAGGUUGUUGUGGAGGCAGAUACCUUUGGGAGUCAGGUGAGAAUUCGAGGCAAAGAAACCAACUUCUACCUGUGCAUGAACCGCAAGGGUAAACUGGUGGGGAGGAAGGCCAGUGGCAGGAUGGAUGAGUGUGUCUUUGUGGAGAUGGUGUUGGAGAACAACUACACUGCCUGGAUGUCUGCGCACUAUUCAGGCUGGUACAUGGGCUUCACUAAGAAGGGCCGGCCACGGCGGGGGCCACAGACACGGGCCAACCAGCGAGACGUGCACUUCAUGAAGCGCUUCCCCCCCGGAGAGCAGCCCGGCCCUCAGAACUGUGGCUUCACCACCAUUGGCAAGAGGGGUCGGCGGACGCGGGGUAACCGCGGCCCUCCCCACACGCAGCCGUAACGUACGGC